AUGAUCCCAUUCGUGAUCAUUCCGCGGGUAGGGAGUCCGCCUACCCCAGUCAAUCCCGGCGAUCCAGCAGCGCUAAUCAACGGCUCAAUAUGGCCCAUGGCGGCAAUCUCGACAGUUUUUCUGGCCCUCAGAAUCUAUUGCAAAGGCUUCAUAGUCAGGUGGGUGAUGUGGCUUGAUGACUGGCUUUUGAUCGCCGGAUGGGUCUUCCUGAUCGCCUCGCAAUCCUUCUUGAGCGAGAUGAUGAAGCUUGGGUUCGCGAGAACCUACGGCGUCACGCCGACCAUGAGCACGGUGUUGUAUUGCGCCGACAACUGCCACAAAAUCUCCUUAGCCUUGACAAAAACCUCUUUUGCCGUUACGCUGCUUCGAAUUGCUUCCGGGUGGCAGAAGUACAUCAUCUGGUUCUUGGUCACUACGAUGAACAUCCAAUUUGUUGUCCACAUCAUUCUGACUUGGAGAGCUGUCUGUCCUAGACGGCCUGGAGAUACGACUCCUCACCUUCCAGGCUCAUGCUGGUCAGCUGAAGACGCAAUCACCUUGGGCAUAUUUGGAGGAUUGUACUCUGCUGUCUCAGAUUUCGUCCUCGCCUUAUUGCCAUGGAAGAUUGUUCUGGGCCUACAAAUGAAGAAACACGAGAAAGUCGGGGUUGGAAUGGCCAUGAGCAUGGGAAUCUUUCGCCCUUCAGAAUAUCCCUCCGGCGCAUACAUUCGAUCGAAUAACCUUAGCAAGUUUCAGAAUCGCGGCAUAUCUGCCACAUGCUCUUUAAGCAAUACGGACCGCGACAAGAGAGACAAUGACAGUGAUCAGGAAAUUCUAGGCGGGAUUAUGAGAACAACGGAGGUAUCUGUGAACUCCAUCGACUAUGAUGUCCAAGGCCGUCGAUCCGGCAAGAAGACUCCACGGGAGGAGCACGGUAUUGAGCUUGCUAAUCGAUGA